GGGACAAAAGAAACAAAAGUUAGCCCAAGGAGAGAUGGCCAAAUCAUUAUUCGGUAAACGCAGACAUCAAUCACACUAAAACGAAAUAUUUAUAAGAAGCCAAAUAACUUUACUCGGCGAUCGAAUCUUGUCCGAAAGAUUUGAAACUCUUUUGGAAGAUCGUAAGGUUAGUGGACGGGGGGGGAUGGCGCAAGGAAGCAUGGACCCUGAUGCUCUGGACGAUAUCAUUCGGCGUUUGCUUGAUUACAGAAACACAAAGCCAGCAGGGACAAAGCAGUCUAUGAUGCUCAACGACUCUGAGAUCCGACAGCUUUGCGUUGUCUCCAAACAGAUAUUCCUUCAGCAGCCCAGUCUCCUCGAGCUCGAUGCCCCCGUCAAGAUCUGUGGUGAUAUUCACGGUCAAUACUCAGAUUUACUGCGACUUUUCGAGUACGGAGGAUUCCCACCUGCAGCAAACUACUUGUUCCUAGGAGAUUACGUAGACCGUGGGAAGCAGAGUUUGGAGUCUAUCUGUCUUCUCCUUGCCUACAAGAUCAAAUACCCCGAGAACUUCUUCCUCUUGAGAGGAAACCACGAGUGCGCAUCUAUCAACAGAAUCUACGGUUUCUACGACGAGUGUAAACGGAGAUUCAGCGUCAAGCUCUGGAAAGUGUUUACUGACUGUUUCAACUGUCUCCCUUUGGCUGCUGUCAUAGACGAGAAGAUACUUUGUAUGCACGGUGGUCUCUCUCCUGAUCUCACCAGCGUCGAGCAGAUUAAGAACAUCGAGCGUCCGACUGAUAUUCCAGACUCUGGUUUGCUCUGUGACCUUCUUUGGUCUGAUCCUAGUAAAGGCGUCAAGGGGUGGGGGAUGAAUGACCGUGGCGUCUCCUACACUUUUGGUGCUGACAAAGUCGCCGAGUUUCUAAUUAAAAACGAUAUGGAUUUAGUCUGCCGUGCCCACCAGGUUGUAGAGGAUGGGUAUGAGUUCUUUGCUGAUAGACAGCUUGUGACUAUAUUCUCUGCUCCAAACUACUGUGGUGAGUUCGACAAUGCGGGCGCUAUGAUGAGCGUCGAUGAAAGUUUGAUGUGCUCUUUCCAAAUUCUUAAGCCUGCCGAUCGAAAGCCAAGGUUCUUCUGAAACACACAUACGAAACCGUUGGACUUCCCACUUGCUACCUUGGUUGGUUUCAUCUGAAAUACUGUUAGUUAAAAAAAAAAAGUUCUCUCAUCUCAGACUAAGUCCAUGACUAAGCUUUGAUCGCAUCUGUAAGAGUUUUGGAUUUACCAAUAGUGACUCAUUUGAUGUACAGAGACCUUUUUUAAGAGUUUGUAACAAUUUUUUUUCCAUGUUUCAUUCAUCAUAAUUAUGACCUUUCCUGUC